GGUCUCAACUCUCAACUAACAAUUUUAAAACAAGAUGGCUGACAGAGAGGAACAAGUUGAUCAGUUCGUUAACGUUACUGGAGUUGACGCUAAUCGGGCUCGAUUUUAUCUGGAGUCGGCGGCAUGGGAUUUGCAACUUGCUAUGAGUAGCUUCUUUGAGAGCGGUGAUGGAGAGGAAGCGGAUGCUGUGUCAGCUCAAAAUGACGUUUCCAUGGUGACAGACUCGGCUAGAGAUGUCCAAGAAACGUCUACUUCAAACAGAUUUGGCACCUUGCGCAGUGUGAAUGUCGAUUCUGACUCAUCGGAUGAAGAAGGCCAAGCCUACUACGCCGGUGGCUCUGACAGAAGUGGUCAGCAAGUGCUUGGUCCACCCAAGAAGAAGGACUCCCACAAACUGGUGGAGUCUCUGUUUAAGUCAGCCAAAGAACAUGGUGCGGAAGAGAAGAACGAAGGAGACAGACCAUCCCAGUCAAGCCGUUCAACAUUUGUGGGUGCUGGUUACAGGCUAGGGGAGACCAGCGAUGAUACAACGGUCGUCCCCGGUGCACAGAAGCCAGCUGCCAGGAAGCAGGAGGAGAAAAAAUUGAAGCUGUGGAAGAAUGGGUUCAGUGUGGACAAUGGAGAGCUGAGAGAUUACAACGAUCCUCAGAACAAACAGUUCCUGGACAGCAUAUCCAGAGGGGAGGUUCCACAAGAGCUUGUAAGAGAGGCACGCGGUGGCGAAAUCAACCUGGACAUGGAAGAUCAUCGCGCUGAAGAUUACGUCAAGCCCAAAGUCUCGGUGAAGGCUUUCACGGGUGCUGGACACAUGCUGGGCAGCCCAGCUCCCAAUGUGAUAAACGCAGAAGCGGCCAGUGGUGGUGGCCAGGCUGCCGCUGUGAAGGUGGACGAGGGGAAGCCCACGACGAACGUCCAGUUACGUCUGGCCGACGGGAAAAGGUUGGUCCUGAAACUGAAUCAUUCUCACAAAGUCAGCGACAUUCGGCAGCAUAUCAUAUCCUCCAAUCCUCAGUACGCCCAGUCCAGUUUCUGCCUGAUGACAACGUUCCCCAACAAAGAAUUAACAGAUGAGUCUCAGACGAUAGAGGGGGCCAAUCUACUCAACGCUGUCAUUGUGCAGAGGCUUAAAUAGGACGACGCUGCGUAGGGUGAACUACGGGGCAUAUGCUGUUUAGUGAAUGUUUAAUGUGAGUGUUCGUGAGAGUGUGCAUGUGUGUGUGUGUGUGUCUUCAAAGAUGUGCAAGUGACGUGUGGUGGUAUAGCUUUUUUGUAUUUUGUGUGAGGUCCAGAUGAUGUUUCAGUUUAUUCCUGCCGACAUCUGUGUUGUGACGUUUAAGCCGUUUGCUGCUGUCACAUACAGAAGGUGUGAGUUUGAUUCCAAGUGAGGAAGUUUCUGUAGUUGCGUGUCUCCGUCUGUGUGCUUGAAUACUGUAUCCGUCUCAGCCUGGAUCGACUCUUGACACUUGCGGACAGACAGAUUGUAACAGCUUGCCUCUCGAACGAUCUGAAUUGUGUCCAUGGGGAUGUAAAACAUUUCCAGUCAGUCGUGUAGUUUAUUUCUAUAACUUUUGUUCAUUGCUAUUCCAUUUAAAAGAGUGACCUUCACCUAGAUAACAAAGAAUUGUAGUUACAAAGUAGAAAAAAUUAUGCAUCUUACAUAGUCGGUGGUUGUUCAAUGUCCUUACAAUCUCUAUAUUAUUAUUUCAACCCAUUGCGGCAACAGCAUGCAUUAGUUCAUAACACAGUUUAUAUCUGACAAGUUUUUUCAGUCGUAAUUUGAAGGACGUAUUGUAUUCGUAGCCAUUGUGCUGUUUACAAAGUCGGGUUGAGUUUGGGUUUUCACUGUAGCUCUAUUCUUUGAUCUCUUUUCUGAUGAAAUGCCAGAGUUAAUUGCGGUAUCUUUACGCAGAUCCUUCAGUUUUUCUGAAACUCUUGUGGUGAGCGUACACUGAUAUUGUAGUAUCAGAAAGAGAGCUUUUAAAAUAUGUGACGUGUGUGACAUUUUCAGAUGAGACUGUGAUACUGACAAACAUUGUAGUGUAUUGUUGGUCUUCUGUCAGCGGAUACGACGUCAGUACCGGCAUCUGUGGUUAAGUGGUGUGGCUCUUCCUUGUCACUGGAAGGAGACACGAAUUUGAUUCCCGGGGGGGGAGGGGGGGCAGGGGGGGAGGUUUGUUAUUAAGCAUCUCCGUCUUUUUUUGCUGGGAUGCCUUAUCCGACUCCGCCGAGGUUAGCCUGGGGAUAGGCAGAUUCAAAGCAGUCCGUUUCCAAAAUUGUCUAAAUAAUGUCGAUUUCAGUUACAAAUAUGUGUGUUUUGUGACCCUCUUUGAUGCUGGCCACUUUGGUUUGACUUGGUGGUUCAAAUUGGUUUUGUCCUUCAGAACUUAAAAAAAAAAAAAUAUCUAAAGGGAAUUUCAUUCACUUUUCUAGUGUUAUUGUUUGUCUCCGAUUAGAGAGUUUCAUUUGCAUGUAAAGUGCAGUUGAAUUGAUAUAAUGUGUACUAUUGUAUGUGGUGACAAAGAUGGAUUCACUUUGCCACAAUUUGUAAAAUUUAAGUUAAUUUUUUUUCAAGGGAAUUUCUUUCUUAUGAGGUGUUUACGAUUUUUGUUUACUGACUGAAAGGGACAACAGAUUGUUACUGUUGAUUUCAUCUGUGGAUAAAAAAAACAAACAACUAAUGACCUCCACUGAGUUUGAUUUUUUGUCAUUAAAAAAAUAUAACUGAUAUUGCUAUGCUUUGUUUGUAUUUUGACAUUUUUAAAGAAUUGCUUUGAAAUGUAUUCUUCCUUUCUGUCUCUCUUUCAUCUAAAAUGCAGUCCUCUUUCGCAUUUUAUCCUUCCUGUCGUCAUGGUUUUGCUGUUUUGUUACUUACUAAAGUCCUCAUUCUACUGGCUGGAGCUUCAAAAAUUAAAAACUGAAGUUAUAAAUAACA